CCUCGGUCAACGCCUCCGCGCCCUGUGGCUUAGCUUCCGCCGUGGACAGACGUCCCAUCCACCCUCACCGUCGACCAUCUCUGGUUCAUUCGCGCGCACCGAUUCUGCUUUCUCUGCGACGUCGCUCUCAUGAACACUCGUAAACGUCCGCCGCCGUCGGAUACUCUUCUGCCUCUACGCGCCGCGAAACAUCCUCGGCUCACAGACAAGCAUACCAACGAUAACCAGAACUCUACUAGUCAUCUGGAGGGGAUGCAGUGGUGCUGGAAACUGGUGAUGGACCUAGGAAAAUUUGGAUACGAAACCAUAAGACCUUUCCUCCAAGAGGCUCCUGCGGACGCAAGCACGCCUCAGUCGCAACCUGACCCUCACUCCGAUGCAGUGCCAGCCCGACCAUCUGCUCCGCCACCACCUCGCCGUCCAUCACGGCCUGCCAUACCAUCCGAAUUCAAGCCAGGAGCGCGGCCACAAGACAGCGCACCAACCAAGCCGCCUUCCUCAUCCGUACCCCGCAAAGUCUCGCAACGUGUCCCUCAGGCACCUCCUGUUGAGGUGCAGGUGCCUCCCGUUGCGUCGUCCUCGAGCAUCAUUCAGCCAGCUAUCCUUCCUCGACUCCGACGAAAGUCGGAACCCAGUGUCAGGGAUUAUGCUGCAUUGCCGAAGCCUCCUGGUCAACCUAACCCAAUACCUCCCGCUCAGCCAUCAGCAGGCCCGUCGGCGCAACCACGGCCACAUACAGGUCCGGGCUACGUUAACGGUCGCAGGAAGUACGUCGUUCGCGAACACAUUUUCGCGAAACAGCAUGAAGCCAAAGUGAAGGAGACGAGAGAGAAGGAUAUGGAUGAGAUGGAGAAGGACCUAUACGAACUCAGACGGCGCCAGGGCUAUACAGGAGAUUAUGCCUCCUAUAAAAGUCUUCUGCGUUACCAAGCGCGACUGGACAGGCUUCAGAACCAAGAUCCCUUGGCCGCGUUGUCUGCAUCAGCAUCCUUGACUGAUCUGCGCCACCCGAGCUCUCUUGACAAUGAGCCAAUCACUAAGGGCUUCUUGCAACGUGCGCUUGAAAAAGCCACCGCCACACUUGCGAGCCGCGAACAACCGAGGCCGGACGUGCCGGGAUAUGAACGUAUUCGCGUCCAGCAACGUGCUCGUGACGAAGAGAUCGAGCGUCGCAUUCGUGGGCCGAAGAUUCCCCCACUACCCGCCUCAUUGCCUGCAAAAGAUGAUGCGCUGGUCGAUGACCUACUCGCCAGACGCGGCGUCAUCUCAAAGUGCGUCCGGGAGCAGAUCACCGACAAGGAUCUCAGUCGCUUGAAGCCUAAUACAUGGCUCAAUGACGAGAUCAUCAACUUCUAUGGCCAGUUGAUCAUGUCGCGCGCGGAGGCCAGUAAGGAGAACUCGGGGAUGAACGGCAAGAAGAAACCUCUUAACGUUCAUUACUUCAGCUCGUUCUUCUGGACGAAAUUGGAGGGCGACGGCUAUGAGAAGGGGAGAUUAGCAAAGUGGACGAAGAAGGUUGACAUCUUCUCAAAGGAUGUGGUUCUCAUCCCUGUCAACCACCACAAUGCACAUUGGACGGCUGCCGCUAUCAACUUCCGUCGGAAACGGAUCGAGUCGUACGAUAGCAUGGGCAUGCCUAGGCAAAACGUCUUCAAGCUCUUGAGAGGCUACCUCGACGCCGAGCAUCGUAAUAAAAAGAGGGAGCCAUUUGACUUCUCAGGUUGGAAAAACUUCGUGUUGGUGGAUACCCCGCAACAGGAGAACGGCUUUGACUGUGGCGUCUUUACAUGUCAGUUCCUCGAGUCCCUCUCCCGAGGCGAGGAACACUUUGCCUUCAAGCAGGCCAACAUGUCGUAUCUGCGUCGGCGCAUGAUUUGGGAGAUCGGUAACUCCAAACUGCGCGACGGCCCAUAGCCCGACGUCUUCCGGACUAUCAUCUAUCUUGAUUCCUUCUGUUCAUAGUAUUAGUAGUACGAAUUCGGACUCAAUUGUAUCAGGGAUAACAAUCCAACCUGCGGCGUGCACUGGGAAUCUGGCAACUGCCUUCCCCGAUUCUCUGGUGCUUCGUGGAGUAAACACGGUUGAACUGGCAUGCGCAAUGAGUCUGAACGCCGCCGAUGUGGGCAAAAAAUG